UGCCUGUUACAUCUUUUGCUUGUAUUUCGUUUCGUUCCGACAUUUAAAUUGGAUAAUAUUUGAAAAUUUCAAUGAUUUCAAUUAUCAUUUUAUUUAAUGCCGUCCUCCAGUGAAUAAAACUUGAGAUUUAAAGGUAAAAACACUAUAACGGCCAAAAUGUCCCAAUCAGUGACGUGUUAGUGUAAAAUAUUGAUCACUCUAUAAAGUAAAAUUAAAAAUCUACAAAAGACGAAAUAUAACAGAAGUCAUAAAUUGGGUGUUCAAGGAGAUUUUAAACAGUUUUACGUGAAUGGUAAUUGUAAGGUCUUAAUAUAUUUCUUUCUAUGCUUCACAAAUAAGCAAUGUUAUAAAAUCAAUAUUAAUAUUAGCUUAUUAUAGUAUCAUCAGCGGAACAUAUUUACUAAUAAGCUUUUAACUUUUAUUCAAUAAAAAUGUCUUUGAGAUGUAUCCGCCUAGUUACUUUUGAUGCUACUAAUACACUUCUUAAGUUUAAAGUACAGCCUUGGGAAUAUUACACCAUUUUGGGUCGAGACUAUGGAUUUGAAGGAUCUGAUGAAGAUCUUAAAUUACGAUUACUGGAUAACUACAAAGUUAUGUGGAACAAGUAUCCCAAUUUUGGUAAAAACCAUAUGAACUGGGAAGAUUGGUGGAGACAAGUAGUAAAGAAGACAUUUGACGGACAACUGCCAAGUAAUGCCAAUGUUGACGGUCUGGCAAAUCAACUUAUAAAUGAUUACAAAACAACAAAAUGCUGGUAUUUAACAGAUGGUAGUCAUGAGGUGCUUAACUACUUAAGAAAUUAUGGAGCAUUUCUGGGUGUGAUUUCUAAUUUUGAUCCACGACUUGUUGAGAUUUUACGCAACGUUAAAAUUGAUUACAAAUUAGAUUUUAUUUAUACCUCAUUUGAUGUUGGUUAUACCAAACCAGACCCGAAAAUUUUCAAUCAUGUGUUAAUGCAAGAUAUACCUGGCAAACCUCGAAACAUACAGCCUAAAAACUGUCUACAUAUAGGAGAUGAUCUCGAAAAAGAUUACAAAGCAGCUAAAGCUGCCGGAUGGAAUGCACUGCUCAUAUCUAAUAACAAAAACUAUCAAGAAUGUAUUCCCAAAGAACAUAUAUUUCAAAACUUAAUAGACCUACGUAUGGCUAUUUCUAAAAAUAAAUUAAAUGUCUUUUAA